UUCGGAUGAACAUGUGUUCCGUUCCACUUCCACGUUUAACUUUUCUACUCCCGGUCAACUCCCACAGUCCACCAGUUCUUUAGAGAGUAGAGACUGCACAAGCAAGCUGGCCUGAAGUUAUUUGCCUUCUUUUGACAGAAGUGUGAUUUCGGUGAAUACGGAAAAUUUAUGAAAACAUGAAGAACUUAUUUAUUUUCGCGUUACUUAUCAUCCCAGCAGUAAUAUUUACUGUGGAUUCAAACAAUAACAGGUUGUUCGCAUCAGCAGAAGACGAUGUAGAUGACGAUGAGAUGGUUGAAGAAGAGGGCGAUGGGGAAGAGACAUCAGUGACUGACGAAGGUGGAGAAGAGGGUGAAGAUACUCAACCAGGGGCCUCGCCACUUGCAGACACGACUGUUCUGUUCACCAGGCCCGUGUCGCCUGGUUCUGGCACCAACCUCGAUCUUCCUGGUGGGCAGCUGGUGGAGUUCAUGGUCGGGUUCACGAACAAGGGAGGCCAGGACUUUGUGGUGGAGACGCUGGACGCUUCGUUCCGCUACCCCAUGGACUACACCUUCUACAUCCAGAACUUCACCGCCGUCGCGUACAACAAAGUUGUCAAGCCCCGGCAGCAGGCGACGUUCCUGUACUCGUUCAUCCCGUCCGAGGCGUUCUCCGGGCGGCCGUUCGGCCUCAACGUCAACCUGAACUACAGGGAUGCGGCGGGGGCAGUGUUCCAGGAGGCGGUGUACAACGAGACGGUCCAGGUGGUUGAGCUGGAGGAGGGGCUGGACGGCGAGACGUUCUUCCUGUACGUGUUCCUGGCGGCGUGCGUGGUGCUCCUGCUGGUUCUGGGGCAGCAGUUCCUGUACUCGGUCGGCAAGAAGCGCGUGGGCAAGAAGCCCGUCGUCGAGACCGGCACCUCCAACCCCAACGACGUGGACUACGAGUGGGUGCCGCGGGGCAUGCUCAACGCCUUCAACAAGUCCCCGCGUGCGCCGAAGCAGAGCCCCAGGCAGCGGAAAACCAAGCGCUCGGCCGGGUCGGACAACUGACCUGCCGUCGGCCGGACGAUGCCAGGAGGCGCGGUGGUGCGUGGAGCGGUCACACAAGGAAGAUAGACACUUGGUUUCGGAUUGGUAGCGGAGCUUGGCUAGAUUCUCAAGAGGAGCGGUGCCACAGAACUGCCAGUUUGCAUCACAGCAGCACAUGCGUUCGCUGUUUGAAAAACUGGGGUGUGGUUACGAUGAAGGAAUUUUUUUUUUUUAAUGUAUUCAGUGGAUUGGUCAUACAUUGCGUAUGAAAUGAGCUUGUGUAAUGAAUUGAAAAUGUAUUGGCUUCAAUGUCUGGGUGUUGCCUACGGCAGUUUUUAAUGAUACAAGAUUUUUUAAAAGGACAGAAGAAUUUUAAUGAAAUUUUUUUUUAUGUUCAAGAUAUUUAACUUACUAACAACUCAAAUUGUACAUCUAGCACAAAUGUUUCGUCAGCCCAUUCCAUGUGUACUAUGUGCAAUAAAAUUUUUGUGUCUUAAUAUAUUUAUGUCUUAAAAAAAUAUCUUGUAGCUUUUGUUCAGUGUGCAAGGAAGUCUUUUGAAUGAUGUAUUUUAGUUUAUAUUUCUGCAGGUGACUAAAAUCAAACAAACAUUUUUUUGUUUUCUUUCAAACACUUAUUUCAGUUUUUUCUUUAAAUUUUUUUUUCCCCAGAAACAGUUAAGGUGGGUUUACGAUUGAAAAUUAAGAAUCACGACUUAGUCGUGUACUUACCAUAUGACUCUAUGUAAACUAGUGGAAUGUUUUAUGAUUGUUGUGUGUGAAUUUUGACGGGUCGUGUGCGAACCAUAUGAUGACUUAAGACUUAACAGAAAUAGUUAUAUUUUAUAUUUUUCGUUAAGACUUAAGGGAAGCGACCAAUCACAACAAACCGGAACCUUUCAACCGAAAGUUUAUGUCUUAUUAUUGGACCGAGCGAGGCAGUAUUUUGGGUUAUAAUUCGUAUAUUUGUCAUUUGUAAUCAUCAUCCAUUUCGAAAAAUAGAUAUCCCAUUUGUCAAUAACCUAUUUCAAACCUGCUUCUCCGUUUCGAACAAUGGCCGACCAUGUGUUUUGUGCUGUGAUUGGUUAGAAUUAACGACUUCUAUGUCAAUCAUAAACUGGAAAAUGUAGUUUUGUCUUAAUCGUGUGCCCAUUGUUAACUUAUAAUUCUUAAGGAAAUCAAUCGUAAACCCAGCUUUAUUAUUUACAAAUGUUUAUUUAUUGUCUCUUGUCAGUAUCAAUUGUGAUGUGAAGUAUUACAUAAACUUAAAUUUCCGUAGUAUAAUGGCGUACUAGAUGUGCUCUCUCUCUCGUUUUCAUGUACAGUUUUAAAAAAAUAAUUUUUGCAUUAUGAAGUUCUUAAUUUAGUUUAGGUUAAAAGUUUUUUGGCUUGAAAAGACAUGUACUAGUUUUAGAUUGUAGUAAUAUUAAGAGGAUAGGAAAGGUUGCAUCAAACAUGAAUGACGACAUUAUAAAAUCAAAAAUAGACUGGGCGGCGUGACAGAAUUCAAUGGGGUUUGUUUUGUCGGCUAGAUGUUUUCAUUACGGAGACCUAAAUGUGCAAAAUAGUACAAUGUAUAGUUAUAAAAAAAUUGCAAACGGAUUUUUGUAAAAUAAUGGCUUGACAAAAAAGUUUUAAAAAAUGAAAAAAAUGUUGGCUGUAAGAAAAACUUAUAUAAAACAAAAACCUCUAUAAAAACAAAAUCUUAUAGCAAAAUAAAUUUCAAUAAUUUUCUUUUACAGUUGCAUAAUAGAAUUUUUUAAUAAGUUAAAAUUAUAAUAUGUAUAUUUUUUGUUAUAAGAUUCAGUAGUAUAGAGGUUUUUAUUAUCUGGUUUUAGUAAUUUUACAGCCAAAUUUCUUUUUUUUUUCUUUUCUUCCCCCAGUUUUAAAUAGUGAUGUGCGAGUCUCGGCAUCAUCGAGAACGAGUCGAGACAGAAAUUUUCUCGAUCUCGUCUCGAGAUAAUUUUUUUGGCUCGGAAUUUUCGAGAAUUUUUUAAACAAGAAAUAGGUUAGGUAAUAUAAUAUAUUGAGGCAGCAUUUUGCGUUGCGUGUUGAAAUAAUUAACAUAUCUUCAACGUAACGUAGAUCGAAUAAAAUAAAAUAUACUUGUUACGAUAGUAUACACGAUAAAUUAUUAAAAAGUUAAAAACUAACAACUUCCGUUCACAAGUCACUACAUGAAACGGUAAACGUAAACAAUGAAUUGUGCUGUGGUUAUCACAUUAAAUUACAGAAGAAAAUGAUUAUUUUCCGUUAAUAAAACCAACAUUAAAGUUAAAAAUAAAUCAUUUUCGGUAUCAAUAUCAAGUAUCAACGUAAAUCGUUACGGUAAAAAAUAAAAAUAUAAACAUGACUGCAGAAUUCUUCCGCGAUUGCAUUUUGUUUUAUGGCCUUAUGUUAUACACACGGCCAGCAGUAUAUAACAAGCAACAUGAUGUUUAAAUUGCGGUCCGUAUCGAUAGUGACAUAUCGAUAGUGGUGAAUGUUCAGACUUUCAUGAUCAAGUACCGUCCAUGGCUCAAGGAAACUGUAUAGACUAUGGAGUCAAUAACGUAUGUUUACAAUUACAUACGACAGUAGGCAAAUAAACUGUUGAGUGUAAAGGUAAAGUUGUAGUUGCAAUUGCAGUUGUGGAUACUUGAUAAAAUUAUUGAAUAAUUAUGUAUGUUUGUCAGAUUAUUGAGUUUUACUUUUUUGGAUCAUAUUAUCCUGUUAACUAAAGUACAGAUUUCUCGAUCUCGACUCGAUUCUCGAGAAUUUUUAAAUUGCUUUCUCGAUCUCGUCUCGAAUUCAAAAAAGUCUUUCUCGCACAUGCCUAGUUUUAAACCCUUUUGUUCAUGAAAAAUUGUGUGUGUUUUUUUAAUAUAUAAUCUAUAUACUAUAUUGACUAUUUGUGUAUAUUGAAUGAAGUGUCUGUAAUGAAACUAUAUAGCAGAUAAAACAAACCCAAUGAAAAUGUGUCAAGUCGUUUAGAUUAUAUUAUUGUUUUUAUACUCUCUGAAUUUUUUCAUGAUGUGACCUUUCCAAUCCUCUUAAAUAGUUAUUUCCUUUAGCUGGUAAUAUUUUGAUUUUAAGAGCAAUUUUUAUGGUGGUUUGUGAUCUGGUAGUGUUGAUGAUGUUAUUCGUGUAAUGUUUUUUGGGUUGUGAUUUUAUUUUCCUAUCCUCAUUGAUCGAACUGAAUAAACCUUGUUAAAGUACAACAUUA